AAAACCUGGUCUAGCCGCAGAAGGUGGUGGCGCUCAGCCUUGAACCCCAGCACUCGGGAGGCGGAGGCAGGCAGAGCUGUGAGUUCCGGGACGGCCAGGAAACACAGAAGAACCGUGGCUCACAAACACCACCAAACAAGCAAGCAAAAAGGAAAGGAGAGAAAGACGGUAACACCCCUCACGGGAGUGCCCGCGGCCUUGGGUUUUCCUAAUCCCAGACGCAGCAAACUGACGACCAAGGACAGCAUCGCAGCGUGACAUAACCGUGUGACUUCUUCCUGGGUGUGAGACGCGCACUCCGACGCGGGCCGCACAGGCUCAGUUCCCCUUUCCCGGCUUCACCAGGGAGUGGAAGGACUGGGAGGUGGGGCCGUGCUGGAGGAAGCGUGUCACCGGGGGUGGACGUGUGUCCGCGUUCGGUGGGAUUCCGGCCGCUGGAGGGUUACCACCGACCCGGGGCAGCGUGGGGCCCGCUGGGCAGGCACGGGGCGCCUGCGCGCGGGCUUCUGCCUCCGGGAAUUCUGGGAGUUGUAGUUCCGGAGCUCGGCGCUUCCGCGCAGCUCCCCGGCGGAGCCUGGGGUCCCGCGGCUGCGUUCCUAGGACGGAGGUUGCCUGGACCUGUUUUGUGCCCAUUAUGUCCUUCUCAGAGUGACCAGCAAUGGGCUUGCAGGGAGGAGUUCCCCAGGGAGUAAGUGUGAUUCGUGGCUCUGUCCAGCUCACAGCUAUGGCUCAGAUGGAAGAAUUGAGGCAUGAUGCUUGGAGCCCAGGCAGGGAGGAUCAAAAUGUUCACGGCCAACCUGGGUUACCCAUUAACCUGGGUUAGCCUGGGCUAACUGCUGAAGCCCUGUCCCCAAACCUAAAAACACACAAGAAAGGACAAAGCCAGCUGUGGCGCACCAAGGAUCACGGUUCCCAGUGAGCAGUGUGAUGUCCGGCCCGCUCUGAGCACACACAGUACCAUCCUUACCCGGGUGCCUCCACUCCGUCUGCCCUAGACCUGAACCACAGCCUGAGACCCACUGGAGGCCGCGUGUGAAUGAACUGCAUGUGCUUGCGGGGGUGUCCCUGACAAGUCCUGAGCUGUGGCUGGAGUCCAGCUCGCUCCUGCCACACCGAGGAGAGGACCACGGUUAGUGCUGUUCACGUAAGGCAGCCAAGUAGGCGGCCACACCGAGAGCCACUCGCUGUCUCCUCAUCAUUCUGUCUUCCCAGGACUCAGCUGUUCCUAGGAAGACUGCAGGAUGGCCAGGGGCAAGGAGAUGGUGACAUUCAGGGACGUGGCCGUGGUCUUCAGUGAGGAGGAGCUGGGGCUGCUGAAUCCUGCGCAGAGGAAGCUGUACCAUGACGUGAUGCUGGAGAACUUGAGGAACGUGGUGUCACUGGGGCAGCAGAUGGCGGCUCCUGAGAGUUUGCUCCAGCCCAGCAGAGGAGACGAGCUCACGGUGCUGACAGUGGCCGGCUGGAGGAGAGACCCCGCAGGAGAUGAGAAUGUGAAGGAAAUGGAGUCUCUUCAGAAAGUAGGACUAGGGUACCUGGCACACGAGGAGCUUUUCUGCUCACAGAUCUGGCAGCAAGUUACGAGGGAGUUAACGAGGGUGCGAGACCUCACGGUGCACACUGGAGAGAGCAGCUCUCCCUUAAAACAAGGUGAUGAGCCUUGGGAAGAAGAGGAGCUCAGCAGACAUUCCCGUCAGAAUCCAGUUCUUCAGGCUCACCACAGGGAAGGCCAUGAAGAAGAGGCACAUGAGAAAGAUUUCAACUGCUGCCACCAUCCUCAUGUUAUUACAGGAGAGAAGUCCUACAAGUGUGAAGAGGUUCACAGCACCUUCUGUCCAUUCUCAAGUCUUCAGCCCCAUCAGAGAGUGCAGGACAGAUGCAGAGUGAGUAGGUCUGAUGGACUGUUGAAGAACUUCAGUCAGAGGCCAGUGUUUCCCUGUCAGCAGAGCAGCCCCACUGGAGAAAACACAGAUGGACAUGAGGACUCUGGGGAUCCUGGGAAAAACGCCUGUGCUCAGACCGUUUUCUUAGUCUGUCCAGGAGAGGAACCCUAUAAAUGUGACGAGUGUGGAGCAAGCUUCAGACAGACCUCGUGUCUUCAGGUCCAUCAGAGAGCCCACACUGGAAAGAAACCUUACAAGUGUGCAGAGUGUGGGAAGGACUUCAGCUGGUUUUCACGACUACAUGCCCACCACCGAGUCCACACAGGAGAAAAGCCCUAUAAGUGUGAGGAGUGUGGAAAGGGCUUUAGUUCCAGUUCACACCUCAACAUUCAUUGUAGAGUGCACACAGGAGAAAAGCCCUGUAAGUGUGAGGAGUGUGGAAAGGGCUUCAGUGUAGGCUCACAACUGCAGGCUCAUCAGAGAAGCCACACUGGAGAGAAACCCUACAAAUGUGCAGAGUGUGGGAAGGGCUUCUGCCGGGCCUCAAACCUUCUGGAUCACCAGAGGGGCCACACCGGAGAGAAGCCGUUUCAGUGUGCUGCCUGUGGGAAGGGCUUCAGCCGGAGUUCCGAUUUUAACAUUCAUUGUAGAGUGCACACAGGAGAAAAGCCCUAUAAGUGUGAGGAAUGUGGGAAAGGAUUCAGCCAGGUCUCACACCUUCUGGCUCAUCAGAGAGGCCACACUGGAGAGAAACCCUACAAAUGUAACACGUGUGGGAAGAGCUUCCGCCGGAGUUCAGAUCUUAAUGUUCAUUGCAGAAUCCAUACAGGAGAGAAACCAUACAAAUGUGAGAAAUGUGGGAAAACCUUCAGUCAGUUCUCAAGUCUCCAGGUGCACCAGAGGGUCCACAGUGAGGACAAGCCGUAUCAGUGCACAGAGUGUGGGAAGGGCUUCACUGUGGAAGCACACCUCCAGGCCCACCAGCGCUCCCACACUGGAGAAAGGCCCUAUCAGUGUGAGGACUGUGGGAAGGGCUUCUGUCGCGCUUCCAAUUUCCUGGCUCAUCGGGGGGUCCACUCAGGAGAAAAGCCAUACCCAUGUGACGUGUGUGGAAAGCGCUUCCGGCAGAGGUCCUACCUGCAGGCCCACCAGAGAGUCCACACGGGAGAGAGACCGUACAAGUGCCAGGAGUGUGGGAAGGGCUUCAGCCGGAGCUCCAGUCUCCUGAUUGACCAGCGAGUCCACGCUGAGGGUGAGGGGCACAGGGAUUGCCCUCCCUCCGAGUGUUCGCACAGGAAACAGUCUCUGUGAGGGUCUUAUGCUCAUAUUUCAGGUGGAAGCCGAAAGGUGCAGUUGUUAGGGUCACCAGGGGAGACAAAGGAGCUGCGGUAUGAAAAGCGUCCGUGUCUUAACCGGAGCAGGCUGUGUUGCAAUGCUUGGGAGACUACAACGCACAGACCUUGCAAGUGGGCGCCACUGCAGACUUCAUGCUGACCCCUGACCUUGAACACGGGGAGACAUAACUACAGGGAAGUUGAGUGUGACCUGGAGGUAAUUAGAAGUCGUGGGAUGCAAGGGACCCGAUCUGUUCCAUCAGGGCAAAGUUUCUGAAGCUGCUGCUUGCAGCCCCAGGUGGAGCUGCAUAACGGAAUGUGGGGGUCACGAGACGCCUGAAACACUGCAAGCUUUCUGCACGUGCGGUGCAGCGAAACCCCAACAUUCGACAGAUAUAGUCCACCCGAGGGGCUGUGGCCGCCCUCACCCAGGUGUGUGACUGCCGCAGCCUUUCUCAGAACACAGCGUGAGCACACACACCUCACUGUGCCCACACCCAGGGCCCACCGUCGGUCGGUGUCCCUGUGCUCGGGGCCGAAUCGCCGUGCUGCCUGCUGCUCUUACAGGAUCGUAAUCAAUUACUCACACACGUUCCUGCUCCCAUUCCCCAGUGCUUAAGUAUCGAACUGCUUCAGUUGCAGCUUUGUUGUGUCUCAGUGUGACUCAAACAUCGCAGGACUCCUACAGAAAGUGUCGAUGCACCACUAUGCAAGUUUGCUUUUGUCAUUAAUAAAUUAUCACUUCUUAAAAAUUUUCAAAAUGCA